AUGUCCAGAGAAGAGCUCAUCUACAAUGCUAAACUGGCUGAGCACGCUGAGCGAUACUCAGAUAUGGUCAGCUACGUCCGACAACUAAUUGACGAAGCUGCAGGCGAUCUAAACAGCGAAGAAAGAACCCUACUAAGCGUAGCCUACAAGCAAGCUGUUGCUGAACGCAGAAACGCCUCAAGAAUCCUCAGUUCUUACCAAGAAAAGCAACGCGCAAGAGGCUCUGACCAUCUGGACAUCAUUUCUGAGUACUUGCAAAGGGUCAAUAAAGAGCUUCAUGAUCUCUGCCUUGAAGUUGUACGCCUCGUGGACGAAAAGCUGCUGAAAAAAGGCGAACCAGAUGAGAUUGAAGUAUUUUACUUAAAAAUGAAAGGCGAUUAUUAUAGGUAUUUGGCGGAGUCUGGGGAUAAUGAGGUUAUUCAGCCUAGUCUUGAUGCCUAUUUGCGUGCAUCAGAAGCAGCUGCUCAUUUGCCUGCUAAUAACCCAGUUAGAUUGGGGCUUGCUCUUAAUUUUUCUGUGUUUUAUUAUGAAGGGAUGAAAGAGCAAGAAAAAGCAUGUGAAUUGGCCAGGAAAACUUUUGAUGAAGCUUUGCCGACAUUGGAAGAGCUGGAUGAGAGAGCUUAUAAAGAAGCUACUUCAAUUCUGGGGCUAAUCAAGGAUAAUCUCACAAUUUGGACCAGUGAGGAUUAA